UCAGAGUGGUCCAUAACUGGUCCUGGUCUUCUGUUUGAAUCCGGGUUAGAUGCACUGGCUCUGAAUGUGAAUGCUGAGCUUCCAGGUGGGUCAGGUGGUCUCUAACGACCGCCCAGCAGCCGGUCCCGGUCCCGCAGCGCCAGGAAGUGAAAGUGAAAGUGUUUGCGUCGACAACAGCUGGUUCCUUCUCCCGCAGCUCGUUGCUGGUUCCUUCACUGGUUCCUUCACUGGUUCCUUCCCCCGCAGCUCGUUCCUCUCUCUCCGGUCCGAGUCCCGCAGCAGGAUGUCGGCCCCGCGGCUGAACCUGGAGGCCUUGUCCGCCCUGUCGGGCUGCGACGUGCAGCCGACCACGGGGCCCUCGCAGCUCUCCCCGCAGGACUUCGUGAACAUCGUGGCCCUGAAGGAGUUCUACAAGCAGCAGGGCUUUAAGCAGCUGGAGUACCCGAGUUUAGGGACCCUGUCGCUGCAGGACCUGGACACCCAGGACCUGUACAGCUCCCCCGGGGCGCUGACCGGAGGGACCCCCAGCGCCGGGCCGGAGGACGGCAGCAAGGCCACGAUACGGAUCAACCCCGAGGACUUCUUCCACCCGCAGUACGACUACGACUUCACCAGCAUCAAGGACGGCGACAAGGCGUUCCUGCGUGGAGAUGAGCGGUACCUCCGGCCCUGCGGGUGGAACCGGCUCGGCCUGCGCGUCACGCAGCGCUACGAGGGCGGGGACUCCUGGCUCGGGACGGGGAAGGACGCCUGGCCCGUCUCCUACCACGGCCAGAACAUGGACGGCUCCCUCGGCAUCAUCCUGACCCGCGGCGAGAGCGCCGGGGAGGAGCCCGAGUUCCUGGACGCCGCCGCCGCCUCCCUGGUUAGCGGGGGCACGAGGGGCCGGGGGGUCUACUCCACGCCGGACGUGGCCACGGCGGAGGCGCACUGCAAGAGCUUCAAGUCCAAAGUGGACGGGAAGACCUACAAAGUGGUCCUCCAGAACCGCCUCAACCCGGAGAAGAGGAGGCGCUGCCAGCGGGAGGACGUCUGGCUGGUCUACGUCCCCAUGGGGCACAGCCACCUCCAGACCAGGGCCGUCGUGCAGGAGGCCAUCCGGCCGUACGGCCUCCUGCUGAAAGAGGCCUGAGGAGGCCCCUCCUCCUGCUGAAGGAGGAGCGAGGAGGCCCCUCCUCCUCAUGCCUCUUUCAGCAGGAGGAGCGAGGAGGCCCAUCCUCCUCAUGGCCUCCUGCUGAAGGAGGAGCGAGGAGGCCCAUCCUCCUCAUGCCUCUUUCAGCAGGAGGAGCGAGGAGGCCCAUCCUCCUCAUGGCCUCCUUCUGAAGGAUGUCAGAGGUCUUUUCAAAAGAAGUGUUUCUGGGUGGUGCAUUUAGAGAUUUUCUUACUUUUAAUCCUAAAUAUUUGAAAUAAUAAUCAAAAUAAUAAUUAAUUUCCAGUCACUUAAGCUCCUUUUUAUGAGCGUCACGCUCGAACGAGCUCCUUAUAAGUAAAUAAACUUUAUUUGAUGGGUUUUGCUGCUGUAAAAUAUUACAAAAUUAAAACUGUGGUUUCAAUCCAGUUUCUUCACGGUGUGUUCAAGUGCAAGAGAAGACUGUGGGAAGAAUAAAUGCUUUAAAUGUAAUAAAACAAUGUGCACAUA